AUGUUUUUCCAGAUCAACAAUGAUGGACUUAAAACCUUCCUACGUACCCUUGUCCCUGGCGAAAAGCCGAACAUCGACAUUGUGGCCAUUCACGGCCUCAACCCGAAAAACAAGGAGAACCAUGCGGAAAAAACUUGGGAGUCGGGAGGCAAACUGUGGCUGAGAGACUUCCUUCCGAAGCAAUUGCCGCAGGCCAGGAUUUUCCUCUAUGGGUAUAACUCCAAUGUUGCUAUCCAAUCUUCGGCUGCGGGGGUACGGGACCAGGCACGGAAUUUACUCAGUAGGCUAUGGCUGGAAAGAAAGGGCUGUGAAACUCGUCCAAUCCUCUUUAUUGCUCACAGUCUGGGCGGAAUUGUUGUCAAAGAGGCCCUCGUACAAGCCAAACUUGGUGACAUAUAUUCUUCAAUCUUUAUAGCCACCUUCGGCAUUGUCUUCUUCGGGACGCCACAUCGAGGAAGCUCUUUGGCGCGCAUUGGUGAUGUGUUUGCUAAAGUCGCAAGAGCCAUUCUAAACACUCCAAGUAAUACGUUCUUGAACGCAUUAAAGAAGGAUGAUCUAUACGCAACCGAACUGUCUUCCAAUUUUCAACAAAUACAAGAGCAUUAUCAGUACCUCAACUUCUACGAAACAUUGCCGUUGAAGAGUUUCAAUCUGAUUGUUGAAGGAAGCUCUGCAGUCCUUGGUCUACCUGACACAAGGGAGAAAAAGAUAGCUUUGAACGCCAACCACGAGGAAAUCUGUAGAUUCGCGAGCGAAGAUGACGAAAACUAUCGACACGUCUCAGCAUUGCUGGUCGAUCUUGUGAAAAGGGCGAUGGAUUCUUUCGAAGAACAGUUUUUCAACAGCUUUCACAGUACUUUGGUGGAUGGCUUGGUUGAAGAACGUAAACCGAGUUUCUUCAUGGUACCAUACAUGCGCAAUGAGUUCUUUGUCAACCGCGAGCCUAUUACCCAAAAACUUAGAGACCGGAUACUCCCAAUAGGAGAAUCCCAUUCGCGAGUGGCACUUUUCGGUCUUGGUGGUGCCGGCAAAUCGCAAGUCGCUAUCGAAAUCGCGUAUCAAAUACACACCGAACUACCCCAUGUGUCUGUGUUCUGGAUCCAUGCAAACAGCAUCGAACGAUUCCGAGAAGGAUGCCACAUUGUCGAUGAAUGCAAUAUCCCGGGUCGAAACGAAGAAAACUGCGACAAGAUGGUCCUCUUAAAAAAUUGGCUUGAAAAAGAACAUAAAGAUUGGUUAAUGAUCAUUGAUAACGCCGACGAAGCUUCCCUAUUCUCAUCGAAAGCAGAGCUCUCACGAGAUAAAACAGGAACAAAUCAGUCAAUACUCGAAUACCUGCCUGAGAGCCCUCACGGCUCGAUCCUCAUUACGACAAGAAAUCGAGCUGCAGGAGUUAAACUCACCAGAAAUCGCCUCUCGGAGCUCAUCGAAGUUAAUACUAUGACGGAAGACGAAUCGAGCCGCCUUAUCAGGUCAACCCUGUCGGACAACAUACCCACCGAUGAAGAGAUACGUGAGAUCUCAGUUUUGCUUGACCACUUACCGUUGGCACUUACGCAAGCUACUGCAUUCAUGCAGGAGAAUGUCCUCACCAUAAGCGAGUACAUUGAACUAUACAAGGACAGUGACGAGACCCAAAUGGACUUACUAUCGGAACCGUUCGAGACCCUAGGUAGGGAUAGCCAAGUUCCAAAUGCAGUUGCAAACACAUUGAUUGUAUCCAUCAAUCAGAUCAAGAAACAGGACCCCAAAGCUGUUGAGAUCCUGUCUCUGGUGGCUUUUGUGGACCAGCAUGAUAUUCCUAAGAGUCUGGUACAGGCGAAGGUGAAACGUGCACUUGACCUCACCAAGGCUCUGGGAACUCUGAAAGCGUUCUCACUUAUCACUGCAAACGAACGGGGGAAUUUUUCCCUCCAUCGGUUGGUCCAGUUGGUUUUGCGAAAGUGGUUGAUCAUCGAAGACAAGUUCGAGGACCAAGCUAUUCAAACCAUGGAUAUUAUCGCUGAGCUAUUUCCAAACGCAACCUGUGGGCAAUGGACUGCCUGUAAGGCCUAUUUUGCUCAUGCUCAAUCUGUCCUCACCUUUCUUCCCGGAUUACACGGGAAGCUCUUCAGACGGAAAUUAUACCUUCAGGAGGGCAUAGCCUACUAUUUGUGGUCCCAAGGCUACUACGAUGAAGCAGAGAAAAUAGAUAUCUUGGUGAUGGAGGAAAACAAAAGAGAGUUCGGGAUGGGACACCCGGAGACAUUGGAGAGCAUGAUCGCGCUUGCAUCGACAUUCGAGAAACAAGCAAAAUGGGCAGAAGCUACUAGUUUGGACCAACAUGUUCUCGAAGUUCGAGAGAGGACCUUGGGACCUACGCACGAUCUCACCCUCACAAUCAAAUUGCACAUAGCGGAGAAUCACAGCAAUCAAGGCCAGUACGAAGAGGCCGAGCGCUUGACCUCAGAAGUACUAGCGACAUCAAAAUCCGUCUUUGGACCGGAGCAUGCAAACACAAUAGAUGCGAUGACCAGUCUAGGGACCAUUUAUGUGGACAUGUGCAAAGUGGAUGAAGCUGAAGAUCUCACGACGCAUGUCUGGGAGUGGAGGAAAAGAGUCCAUGGUGAUGAACACGAUACAACACUAGACGUUGCUACCACACUGGGAAUCAUAUACCAUAACCAGGAUCGGUUUCAAGAAGCGGAGCGAUUAACCCUCCAGACCAUCGAGGCUAAGGAGCGACAACUGGGCCUGAAACAUCCAUCAACACUGACCAGCAAAGGAAACCUCAUAAAUAUCUAUCAGAGCAUGGAUAAAUGGGAUGAUGCCGAAGAAUUAGCCCUAUCCGUCAUAAAGGAUCAUUCCGAGCGAGUGGGCCCAACGCAUUUCGACACAAUGAUCGAAAAGCAGAAACUGGCCAGCAUUUAUUUCAACAGAGGCCUUGUAGAAGAAGGCGACAGAUUGGACGACGAGCUCCUAAGGGACAGCAUCGAUAAUUUUGGACGCGAUCAUCCCUUCGCACUGGGAUGUAUGGAUAGGACCGCUGAGACCCGAAAGCGUCAAAAGAAGGAUGUGGAAGCGGCCCGGUUGCUGGCUGAACUGGUAAGCCGCAGAGAAAGGACGUUGGGGCCUUAUCAUAAUGAUACCUUGAUACCCUUUAAAACAUUAUGUGACUGGUGUGGGAAGGAUGAGGCGAUAGAGAUGCUACUUGAAGCUGAAAAGGAGUUGCCAUGA